CGCACGUCGUCCGCGGCGAAGACAUCAUCGACUUUUGGGAGCUGCAUUUGCAUUACGCGCGAGCCAUCGAAAACACACUGCAACGCUUCCACGCCACACAGAACCAUGGCGAGCACAGUAGCAAAACAAUACACCCGCCUCUUGCGCCUCUGGCCCGCCGACGCCCUGCGUCCAAACCUCCCGUUCACACGUGCAAUCGAAGCCCGCGCCCUCCCCUACGGCGUGCAGCCCAUCAACGCCCCCGAAGACUCUGCCCGAACGCCCGGAAAGACAUCGCCCGUACCGUCGGCGGCCGACGUACCGCCCACAACAGCUUCCACACAUGCCAACCCCAGCCCGGCGCAAGAGUCCGCACAGAUCACGGCCCUGUUCUCGUUGUUGGAGAACCGCUACGCGAAGAAGUAUCCGCUGAGCGAGGCCGUGUUCAAGCCCACGAGUGCGCCGCAGCACUACACCAGGUUGAUGGACGAGAUUGAGCGCGCGCCGCAGAAGACGUGGUGGCAGGCAAAGGUGGACGAGUGGAAGAUGAAGAUCAGGUGGCAGUAGAGUUGUGGGAAGCGGAGGGUGUACGAUAUGUGUACUGCGAACGAC